AUGGCCCUCCCGACCCAUUUCAAGCUGAACACCGGCGCCCAGAUCCCCGCCAUAGGACUUGGCACUUGGAGAUCUGAACCUGGUCAGGUACGCCAGGCAGUCUCGUUCGCUCUCAAGAACGGAUACAGUCACAUCGACACGGCAUUCACGAAGUUGGCCAGGGCAUCAAGGAUAGUGGUGUCCCUCGCGAAAACAUUUUCAUCACCAGCAAACUGUGGAACACCCACCAGCCCAACGUCGCUGAAGGUCUCCAGAAGACCCUUGACGCUUUGGGCACGGACUACCUUGAUCUCUAUCUCAUCCACUGGCCAGUCCGACUAUGAGACCUGGCGCCAGAUGGAGGAGAUCUACAAGGCCGGCAAAGUGAAGGCGAUUGGCGUGGCCAACUGGUCGAUUCCCUAUCUCGAGGAGCUCAAAAAGAAGUGGACCGUGGUUCCUGCGGUCAACCAAGUCGAGUUACACCCUUUCCUUCCUCAGCACGCACUGAAAGAGUGGUGCGACAAGCAUGGCAUUCUCCUCGAGGCCUAUUCACCGCUUGGCUCCGAAGGCGCUCCGCUCAUGUCCGAUCCCGCAAUCCAGGAGAUGGCUAAGAAAUACGGUGUUUCGCCUGCCACAGUACUUAUCAGCUACCAUGUCAACCGAGGCGUUGUUGUACUGCCCAAGUCUACUCAAGAGAAUCGAAUCCUGAGCAACCGCCAAGUCAUCCCUCUCUCUCCCGAGGAUAUGGAUGUGCUGAAUGGCCUGGCUGCACAAGGGAAGGCGAGGCGUAUCAAUACGCCUCUGUUUGGAUGGGAUCUCGGUUUCGAUGACUGGUACCAACAGUAA